AUGCUAAUGCAAUUUAGCAGUCUUCUGCGCAACGUCGCUGAGAAGUCUCGGGUCACUUUAGUUACCGGUAACCAGAGUGCAGACAUGGACUCUGUGGUUUCGGCAAUUGCGUAUUCGACGCUUUCUUCCAAAUCUCUUGUUCUGCCGUUGAUCAAUAUUCCUAGACAAGACUUUGAUCUCAGGAGAGAUAUCGUAUACGCUAUGAAACACUCAGACAUCAACGUGAGGGACCUGAUUUUUCUGGACGAUAUUGAGAACUGCUGGGACCAGUUGGCAAAAGUAAAAGUCGAUUUGGUACUAGUGGAUCAUAAUAAACCUCAAGGCGAUGUUGUCAAGAAUCUUAUGGAAGAACUUGGCGCCCGGGUUGUAGGUAUAAUUGACCACCACGAAGAUGAGAAAUUCUUUACUGAUGCCAGCCCCAGGAUCAUCCAAAAAUCAGGUUCCUGUGUUUCGCUCGUGCUCAAUCACUACAAGGAUCAAGUCGCUCGAAUUAAUCCCAAACUUGCUAGGCUUUUUCUUAGUCCACUAGCAAUUGAUACCUCUGGACUAAAGCAUCGGGUAGAGCAGGUUGACAAGGAUGCUUUUGAGCUAUUGCUUCCAAAGUUGCAGGCGGGUGAUGCCUUCCUACAGGCCUGGACCGAUGAACUGAACGCUGCCAAACAGAACGUGGAAGGGCUGUCGCUUCGGGACUUGUUGCGCAAGGACUACAAAGAAUACCGAACGGUUGGCAUCAGCUCAAUGGUCGUGAGCUUAGAUUAUCUUUCGCGAUUCGAUGUCCUGGCAGGUUUGGAUAGCUGGAUUAAAGAGAGAAACUUGGAUAUUGCAAUCAUUAUGACAUCUUACAACGACAAGAAGUUUCACCGGGAAAUGAUCUUUCGUGGCGACCCUGCGAAAAUAAGGAGUCUUUUAGGCCAGAUACAAGAGCCCCUGGGACUCGAGCCGAUGGAAAAGUAUCCGUUCAGCUUUGAACAACGCGAACCCAUCAAUUCUAGAAAGCAGGUCGCGCCAUUGGUGGAUAAAUGGCUGGAUUCUCAAGGACUAUAAUUUCCUUCCUAAAUAAGACACUUUCCACUGAUUGAAUCGUCUCUGCGUCGUGGGCAAUUCUGAAUUAAUCGCGUUCAGCUCAUUAAAUGUUUCUGCCAUCAUGUCGUCUUCCAGAUCAACCACCUCGUACCGGUUAUGCAGUGACCGUUGAUUUGUUCCCUCGCCAUCACUUUGCUCCAGAAAGAUGGUUAUUUCGUUCUCGUGGUCGAUGUACAUUAUCUUGAGACAAUUUUUCAGAUAGCAAGAUGGAAACGUCACGUCAAUUCCAAAAUUGAAACACCAUAGCAGAACCCUGCUUGAUCGGCUCUUCACAAGGAAAAAACGCACUGCGGUUGAAGCAAUCGAGUCAAGCAAAUAGCUAUAUAGAUAGAUGACACAUGAACACUCUUGUCGUGUAUCUCUGUCUCUCAAUGCCAGCUUCCACUUGAGAAGUUUGUAGUUAUUAUUUUCCACCUCUCCAAGAAUUUGGUGGCAGCCGGCGCACUUGACAAAUUGGUCUUCUGCAAAUAUUGAGGGCAGAGAGGGCGCCAGGAAGUAAUAUACGCCCACGAUCAACGUAUCCAGAGCAGGUUUCAGAUUGUUGAACCGGUUGGCGAUCUUGUCGUUGGUAUAGUUACCAUUAGUAGGUUUGUGACAGUGCCAAAACUCCAUCAUCUCAUACCACAUUUCCGAUGGCAUAGAAUGAAGCUUUCGUAUUUUUGAGAGGUCUGCAAUUGGCUGGCAGCAAGCUGCACACUCAAGUAUGCCGUUGGGGUGCUGUUUCAAGUCUCUGAUCGACCAGAUCGAGUCGUCAGUGUUAGUAAGCUGAUCAAUACUGCUGACAGCUUUAUCAGCCACAGCGGGAACCUUUAGUGUAAUAAAGUCAUUUUCGAUUCGAGCGAAUGAUAAGAUGUCGUCGUAGUCUGCGGUUUUUCCCGCCAGCGGGAUGGAGAUGAUUUGCGUCUUGGUGGAAAUCAGCAAUCGAUUGUCUUUAAUUGAAAGUUUAUCAAUUUCUGGUCUCUUUACUUCCACACAUACAGAGACAGAACACAGUCGAGGCAAAUACUCUGUGAAAUAUCGGGGAGACUGAAGCCCGGUGGUGGCUGGCAUAGCUAGUUAUAUGACGAGCU